GGAGUAGGAUGAGUCUCAACGUAGCGGGCCAUUAGAUCCGAAUCAUCCGAUCGUUUCUUCUAGAUCGCCUUCGACCACGACGACUACGAGUCUACGACCUCCGUCGCCCCUUUCGUUGUUUGGUCAGAGGAGAAAGAGAUUGGCAGAUUUUGAGCGUUCCUUCGACGGAGUCCGGCUAGGGCGUGUUUAUCUUCUUCGUCCGCAACAUAGUUCAGGGAACACAAUAUGAAGGAAGCUGCAGCUUUAUUGGCCACUAUGCUGGUCGUUGCAGUUCAGUUUCUUCCAGGAUUUACGCUCCCGUUAACCGGUCCUUCUUUCCUUUGGUCGCCCCACCAAGAUGGAUUUUCAAGAAGUCAGACUGUAGAUUAUAGAACCCUCACUCCAAAAGAGCUAGUCAGGUCUGUUACGUCUGAAGGUGGUUGGUCAAACUUGAUGUGCUCAGAUAAGGGAGCUCAGCAACCUCUGGAUAUUGGACUAAUAUUUGUGGGGAAAGAGUUACAAUCUCACGAUCUUUCUAGACCUGGAAAAGCAGAUCCUUUCCUUGUUGAUUUGCUCAAGGCCUCUUUUUUGACCUCCAACUUCUCUUUGGCAUUUCCCUAUAUUGCGGCAUCGGUGGAGGAUGGCCAUUCUGUGGAAAGAUCAUUUGUUUCAGAGUUCAAGGACACCUGUGGGCUUGAACUAGAAACCCAUAAACUAGCUUUCUUGGAGUCGUGUUCUAUAGAGGGUGACAGUUUUAACAAGUUCCCGGACAUCCUCUCGUUUCAGAAGUAUUUGGUUUCAAGGAUGGAGAGUAGAUCUAAGGGACACAAAGAUGUAAUUGUUUUCUGCCACACUGGUUCCAGUACUAUGGAAGGAUUGGAUAAACAAGCCUCUGAAGGUCAACUUUUGGCUGAGUUGAUUAGUUUCAUGGAACAUUUGGGAGCAAAAUACAGUGUCCUCUAUGUGUCAGAUCCGUCGAGUUCCAUUCAGUACCCCUCUCAUAGAAAGCUAGAAAGAUUUCUUGCUGAAGGUCGCUUUGACAACGGAUCAGAAAAUGUAAUGUGUGAUGAAGUAUGCCGCACUAAAGCAACAUUUUUGGAGUCAAUCUUUGUGGCGAUUGUGUUGCUUAUAAUUUUAAUUUCUGGUCUCUGCUGCAUGAUGGGUAUUGAUACCCCAACGAGGUUUGAAACCCCGAAAGAUGCCUAAGUGAUUGCCAAAUUUAAAAGCCAAGAUUGCACCUCCAGUUUCAGCUCAGGCAGAGGGAAUGUGUAGUCUGCAAGAUUUGAGGAACAUUGAUCUUGUUGCUGAUCCAGUUUGCUUAAAAGGAGAAAAAUAAGGUUGCUUGCAUUUAUAGAACUUUCAGUUUUUUUUAUUUUUUUAUUUAUGUGUGUAUGUAUUCAUGAUUGUAUUUAUAACUACUUUUCUCCACACUUUCCCUUGAUUUCCUCCUUGAAAAAAAAAGAAGCAAUUUUGCUUUUCUCUAUCAUAUACCAUUAUUACAAGUCCUAUGGAAUAAGGUGAACCAUGUAGUCCUAAUUUAAGGUUUCCACUUGAUAAGGUUCACAUUCCUCUUUAGGUAAUAAUUGUCCAAUGGGUGAUAUUUUUUCUAGCAAGGGCUUUUUAUUUUCAGCUUUUAAGGUUGCGUUCCGUUUCGUUCGCCUGAUCUGAUUGCAGUUAUAAUUAAAGCUGUUUCUGAUCU